CUUAUCUCGAUGGUGAAAGCUUUUCUGUGCCGACUCGCAAGGGCGGAACCUGAAUAUCUAGAAUACAUUUGGCCACAGCUUUUACCACAUAGACUGUCUUUUGGUAGCCGCUCGGAUUUCUCUAUACAAGGUGCGCAAAAUCAGGAGAUAGGUGCUUCAGUGACCCACGACUCCGAUGCCCAAGCAGGGGCUCCUAUAUGCGCUCCAAGCACGUCCUUUUUACCUUCCUACAUAAGUUCUGCUUCGAUAUCACCAUCACCACCUGCAUCCACCCCUAGCCCAAUACAAGAACAUGAGCCUAUAUGGCGGGAGGGAUCUCCGAAGUCCCUUUACGCUCGACGCAUACAGCGGCUAGAUCAUCAUCACCCUGAAGUUCAGAACCAUAUAGCAAGCAUUAUUUGGCUUGGUGAUCACUUUCUUCAGGAAGAUAUAGGGAAGUUCUUGAGAUUGUUUUGCCGCAGAUGGAGUCAGACAGACUUCGGCUAUCUUCCCGUUCCAAAAAUUACCGCUAGCGAAGAUUCAAGAAUUCAAAGUUUGUCUAGAAGGUAUUACCACGCUGAAACCUUCAGGCGUCGUUCGGGUAUAGAUAGUCUAAAAUUCCGAUUCUUAAGAAUUUUACUUUACCACGAUUUCGAAGAACUUUGCAUCAAUAUGCAAGAUAAUCUGGAAAGAUAUAGACCUCUUUCCCGCGGUCAGAAUGCAGCCACUAUUGCUACGGAUAAAUUUAUCGGAGGGCUUAGU